AAUACACAUACAUUUCUUUGAGUUCCAAAGACCUUCUGUAAAUUUUGACCUGCCAAUCUUCAUUAUUUAGUGUCUUGCAGAAGUCUAUGCACUGGCUAUGAAAAAAAUUGCUUACUCACUUUCCCUUAGUAAUGGACCUUUAAAAUACGGGUAUUUUAGGCACAAACGCAAUUUUCAAACAGCUGGUAUGGCGACCAUCGCUGACAUGGAUUUUUUGUUUUGUCUUUCAUUGGUUUCGAUAUUAACUGGAUUUGCACGCGGCGACUGCAACAGGAAUGUUGGCCCCGCGGGUUCAAAUGAAUGUGUUCUGCUUGAACCUUACUACAGCAAGUACCAGUGGGCAACGUGUCUCACUGACCAGUAUAUUAGGACUUAUUCAGAGGGGGAACACGCGUGUAUAGACACUUUUGCGACUUACUGUUGGUAUCAGUGUAUGUUAGAAGUACAUGAUCUUGACAAAGGGCCUGUUUAUGACGGCUGCGCAUGCGGAGCAGACGCCCCAAGAAAUGUUACAACACAGCCGACCGUUGUGACGUCAGCCAUCCCGAACUGGUGUUUCAGUCCAUCUGGAACAGAAUGCAGCUGGUACAGGGAUUGUCUCGAGAAAAGAUAUCCGUGUGAGGAACAGGGCAAUUCCUAUGCUCUAGAUUAUGCAGAGAAGUUUUGCAAUUUGUAUCAAAUCCAUUAUUCAGAAUUUAACUACAUAGGAAAGCAAUGGAUCGGUGCAGUUAGGAAAUGCCUACAAGUUAAACUUGUGCCCAUCCUAAGACCAUUUGUAAAGAAGACGUGCGAAGAAAUCAAACAAACUGCAUUUGAUUCUCAUCCUGGUUGUUACCUCCACCCUGAUAAAGGCAAGCCGUCUAUUUGUGACAUUGGUUUCGCAAACUGGGCACGAGUAUUUUGGACUGUUAAAAGCGCAGUCAUUCAAGAUGCCAGAGCGACCUUUAAACAGAUGUUAGAUGUUGUACAGGCGUGUGGUACUGAACUACUGAACAAAGGGAUGGAGCUUAUAAAACUGAAAUUGAAGCAGACGACAGAUAAAAUACAAAGAAGUUUGGAUAAAAUUGCGGAAAAAGUUUCAAAUUUGAUAUCAGAAAAAAUGAACUGGUUUAAAAGAGGGAUUAUGCAUUUUGGAUACCCGGUUAAGGGGAGACCAAAUCGUAACAAACGCGACACUGACAACGACACUGAUAACAACUUUUACAUCAACAUACUGAUAGCUGCAAGCUCUGAAUUUGAUCUGAACGCCAAAAACAACCCCGCCGCAAAUAUAUCAGCUGAGGCGAUCGAUGUUGCUAAAGCGAUAGAAAACGGUGAUGUGCGAGUCAAGAUGGAAGAUGGAUUGGAAUUUACGGAACUGAGUGUUUGCUCUAACUACAUCUGCACUGAAACCUCUCUACAAGUUACCCCAGCUCCACCGGAGGAGAAGGAAAAUGGCGGUAUUCGUUUAACCGCCGUUAUCAUUAUUGUGGUUGUGACGACAUUUGUUACAGUCCUUGUGGUACUGGCCGUAGUUGUGCUGCGAAAAAUGCGCAAGUGUUAAUUUUUCUUCCACAUUUAAGAAGGCACUGAUGAUUUUUUUCAUCGUCAGGAUGUACCGAAUGCAAAACGUCUGUGGCAGAAAAAACAAACUAAUAAUUUGAGAAAAUUUUAGAAAAUGUGAUUAUAUAUUUAAAUUUUGUGAGUUGUGCGCGUAUGUGGACUUGAAAUCAAUGUUCUGCCAAGUCGUGAGGAGUUGUCGACACUAUGGAGACGGACUAUUUCAAGUUGUGCGCGUAUGUUGACUCGAAGUCGACAUUUUGCCAUGUCUUGAAAAACUGUAGAGACUGAUGUUGACACUGUGUUGACACUGUGGGGGAAGGACUAUUUGAAUUUUUUAUUUGUGAGUUGCGUGCGUAUGUGGACACGAUAUCGACGUUCUGUCACGUCUUGAAAAGUCGUUGACACUUCGGUGACGGACAAUUUCAGUUUUAUAUUUGUGUGUUCUGCCUUCAUAUAAACUUAAAAUCGAAUAGUUGUCACAUAAUCUCUUGGGCUGUUUAUUUUAAAUCUAACCACAAGUUAUGGACCGCAUGUACUGUUAUGUACAAGACAAAGGACUGAAUUAUCACCGCUUUCCGAGGUCCAAAAGCUUCACUUCAUGUUUAAGAAUAUUUUUACAAAAUAAACAUUAAUGCAUUUCUAAAAUAUACACUGAAACUGGAGUACAGCUAUCAUAUGUAAGAAUAAGUUAGAUAUACUGCUUUACUAUAAAUUGUUCAACUAUAAAUCACUAGUACGUUUAAUCUAAAAAAGCCAGAGGUUGUUCUUUUGUUUGUAGGGAUGCGCUGUAUUCAUUAUCGGUUAAAAAUUGUGUUGAUCGCAGUAAGUACAAGUAUCAGAGGACUGUUUGAGAAAUUCAGCGGUUACGUAAUUUUUAUCAAAUAGUAAUAAAUGUAUGUACUAAGUGCUACACAAAGUCACGAUAUCAAAGUCACAAUACCUGUCCCAAUUUGAUUUAUAUUGUUUUGCAAGAAUGUCCUUGAAUCCGUUCUAUCCGAUUUGUUUUUAAGUUAUUUUAUCGAUCACAUUCGCAGCGCCCUUUCAUAUACAAUUGAAGUUAUUUAGGCUACACGUAAGCGGAUACCGAGACAAAAGCGAUUUUCAUUUGUUUUGUGUUGCUAUCAGAGUUACUGUAAUAAACAUGUCAUGUUUAUAAUAUGUUUUAAAUUCUUAACUGCUGUAGAGGCGAUUCUAAACUAUACAAUUAUAAUUAUUUCAUUUCCCAUAAAGAAUACGUACACAUUUCAACUAUAUUUUAGGAUCUUGAACACUGUGUGUGUGUUUUUUUAAAGAAUAAAAACGUCCGCCUGUUU